CGAAUAAAGAACCGCAAACCAGUUAACUCCUGCCGUGCCGCCGCCGCCGCCGCCGCCGCCGCUCGAAGGGUAAACAGGGAGCGGAGCUACGAGCGAAGCGGGACUCAGUGCGCUGCUGUUUGGGCUCCCUGUGCCUCAGGGCGGAGUUGCAGCUUUGGAGGAGAGAGAAGUGGUUGAAGGGUGUGUAGAUACAGAAUGAACAGUGUGAUCAGCAAGCAAGUCAUGUCUGUGGGACUCAGAGCCGCCAGUGGGGCAGCCAGGUUGGGAUUAUGGGCACCGGUCCUUAGCCACGCCCAGCCCUCCAUUAGGGUGUGCCACACAGCUGCCGGUGGGGGGACCCCGGUUAAGCCUCAGGCCAUAAAGAAGAGGGGCUAUGACAUCACCAGAAACCCCUAUCUCAACAAGGGCAUGGCAUUUACGCUUGAAGAGAGGCUCCAGCUGGGCAUUCACGGCCUCCUCCCUCCCUGCUUCCUCAGCCAAGAUGUACAAGUUCUACGAGUUAUGAAAAGUUAUGAAACCAAGUCCAGCGAUCUAGAUAAAUAUAUCAUCCUGAUGACCUUACAAGACAGGAACGAGAAGCUCUUCUAUCGCGUCCUUACCUCUGACAUUGAGAGGUUCAUGCCCAUUGUGUACACGCCAACUGUUGGGCUGGCUUGUCAGCAGUAUGGACUUGCUUUCAGGAGACCACGAGGUUUAUUUAUUACUAUUCACGACAAAGGUCACAUUGCAACCAUGCUGAACUCCUGGCCGGAGGAAGAUAUUAAGGCAAUAGUAGUGACAGACGGUGAGCGUAUCCUUGGCCUUGGCGAUCUCGGCGGCUACGGCAUGGGAAUCCCCGUGGGAAAGCUUGCCCUAUACACAGCCUGUGGCGGCGUCCACCCACAGCAGUGCCUUCCCGUACUCCUCGAUGUAGGCACCGACAAUGAGGCUCUUUUGAAUGAUCCCCUAUAUAUCGGGCUAAAGCACAAGCGGGUUCGUGGGAAGCAGUACGAUGAGCUGAUCGACGAGUUUAUGCAAGCGGUGACUAACAAGUACGGGAUGAACUGCCUGAUCCAGUUUGAAGACUUUGCCAACUCCAAUGCAUUCCGUCUGCUGAACAAGUAUCGGAACAAGUACUGCACCUUUAAUGAUGAUAUUCAAGGAACGGCCUCCGUGGCAGUGGCGGGAAUCCUGGCAGCGCUUCGCAUCACAAACAAUAGACUUUCUGAUCAUAAGUUUGUUUUCCAAGGAGCUGGGGAGGCUGCCAUGGGAAUCGCACAGCUCAUCACAAUGGCCAUGGAAAAGGAAGGAACCUCCAGGGAAGACGCAAUCAAGAAGAUCUGGAUGGUUGAUUCCAAGGGACUGAUAGUAAAGGGAAGGGGCAAUCUGAACCAUGAGAAAGACGUGUUUGCCCAUGAUCACCCUCAAGUAAAAACCUUGGAAGAAGCUGUGCAGAUCCUGAAGCCAACAGCCAUCAUAGGUGUAGCUGCAAUCGGCGGAGCAUUUACAGAAAAGAUAAUAAAAGACAUGGCCGCUUUCAACAAACGACCAAUCAUAUUCGCUCUUAGCAACCCAACGAGUAAGGCGGAAUGUACAGCAGAGCAGUGCUACCAGCUGACUGAGGGUCGGGGAAUAUUUGCGAGCGGAAGCCCUUUCUCUAAGGUGACUCUUGCAAACGGCCAAACAUUUUACCCCGGGCAGGGUAACAACGCCUACGUAUUCCCCGGUGUGGCGCUGGGGGUCAUUGGAUGUGGAGUCCGGCACAUCUCGGAGGAUUUAUUUCUUACGACAGCUGAGACCAUUGCAGAGAUGGUUACAGCUGAGAAUUUAGCAGAAGGAAGGCUUUAUCCUCCCCUGAGCUCCAUCAGAGAUGUGUCCUUCAAAAUUGCUGUCAAAAUUGUAGAUUACGCCUACAAAAACAACAUGGCUUCCUGGUACCCCGAGCCGGAGGAUAAGGAGUCUUUCGUCCGAUCCCUCAUUUACAGCCCUGAUUAUGAUUCGUUUACCAUCGACAGCUACAAUUGGCCCGCUCAGGCUAUGGAAAUCCAAGAUGUAUAACAGAUGGAUAAUUCUAGGCAAACCUUUUUUGGUAUCCUGUCUCUUCAUUCUGAAGCUGCGCUGUUAAGCUACUGUUUAACAAAGUGGUUUCUCCACCGGCAUUAGGGUCUUUCCGCUAAUGGAAACCCCCCAAACUGCUUGUGCUGCUUCCCACUGACAUUAAUGGAAAUGGUCUAACACAACCAAUCAUGUCAGGUUAUGCGGUCUCCAUUAACGUGAAUGGUUGGCAUCACUUUCUGGUGGGGAAAUCGCCUUGUGUGACAUAAGCCUUAAAGUCAGCACUCUGAGCGCACUCAGGUGAGUGCAUACCUACACUCGAUGCCUCUGUUUCCCAGAAAAAAAGGGUUUUCUAUCAAAAACCAAAAAAUGGAUAUAUUCAUAUCGUUUUCCCAGGAGCAUAAUCAUGUUGCUGUGUAUCAGGGAGCCCAUAUCCGGCACGUGGCUGAUAAUCAGUCAUUCUCCAUAAAGAUUAUUUCCUCCUGUAUCCAGCAGAAGCUGAGAGAGCCCCCCUGUGGUGGUUUUACAAAUUGUUCUGUUUUGUGCCCUAAUAAAUUAAGUGGUAGUUAGUAAUAUCCCCCACCCUCAAAAACCACACCCUUUUUCUGGUAAAGCCCGCCCCAUUUUUGAGGUUGAUGAUUGUGGCCUGUCCUGCCUAAGUAGGGGCAAGUGGGAGGUAUUUGUAUCCCUAUGUCCUUUAUCUGCACUGAACUAUUUUGUUUUGUGACGCUGUCGCUCUUACUCGUGGCUCCUUCCUCGUACUGUGCCCGUGCCACUUUUAACUUAUGUUCUGUACAAUAUUUUAUGUUGCCGUCGAGAUUCGAAAAGGGAAGAAAAUGUACUUGUUAUUUUAUGGAAAGAUGCUUUUUACUUUCUCUCUCCUUAUAGCUAUAAACCUUCUUUGACCCUG